AUGAAGCAAUUGAGCGCUGCGGCCGUGGUCAAUUCAGCAUGCGCAUCCUCCAGAUGCUGGAGGGGCCAGUCGCCUCGUGUUUGUUUUGCUGAUGGCGAAGGUCGAGGUCGCAGUCGGGGUCCUUGGGGCGGUCGCCGCUCCGUCCGUCGCUCUCAAACCAACGAAAAAGGCGCGCUCUGGGCACUGUGUAACGGAGGAGGGAUCGUCGUCAUCGCCCUUCUCUUCCUGGCCCUUCUUCAGGCAUCCCAUCACGUCUGGAUUGGAGUUGGGAUGCGGCUCGGCGGAGUCCUGGGGCCGCGGGGCAUCAGCGUCGAAGGGAAGACGAGCGAUUGGAGUUGGGGCAAACUUGGGGUUGCAGUUGGGGGAGAGCAGUGUGAACUGGAGGAGGCGAGAAUCGUCGGUUCAGCGGCUGCGAUUGGGCCGACACACCAACCAGCCGCCCAAUACCCGCGUCUCCAGGGCCUCGCGGGGCGUGCUGAAGGGCGCUCCAGGGGCAAAAUGGGGCAAAUAGGCCUAAGAGGCCUAAGGAGCCCUCAUAGGCCCCCUUUGCUCAACUCUGCAAGGCCAGCGCAGAAGAGAACGACUCAAGAGACACAGCCAAUCGGGUUACGCAUUCUCCCCCCUUAUUCCUGGCGGGAGGUAUUGUUUAUUCCCAAGGCUGUUUUGACGACCGCCAGCUUGACAACCGCCAAACGGGGCAAAAAGAAAGGGAGCUGGUUGAAGCCAGAAGCCAGAAGCCUGAAGCCUGGAGGCAGAACCUGCGCGCACCACUGGAGUCGCUAG